UCCCCGUCGCCGUGCGCCCGCAGUCGCAGCCAGCCCGCAGUGAUCGCGCCAUGGCCGGCCCGGCCCCUACGUACUCUGCAAUCAUCGCGCACACCGCCGCGUUCCUCGCCGAGCUCGUGGCGGACCCUCUGCUCCGGCGCCACCUCCUGUCGGCCGCGGCGGCCUCGGACGGCGGCGCCGGGCAGCAGCACCCGGCGGCCACGCUCCAGGCGCUGUCCCUCGUGUCGGACGCGCUCGACACCGCCGCCGCGUCCCCGUCGUCCCUCCGCGCCGCGGAGCGCCUGCUGCAGUCGCUCCCGGCCGCCACGCCGCUCUCCUGCCUCCUCCUCGCGCUGGCGUGCGCCGCACGCCGCCGCGGCGGGGCGCCGGCCGCGGCCGCCGCCGUGCUCGACCUCUUCGCGCUGGACCCCGCGCUGGCGCGCCACGAGCUCGCGCCCGCGGCCUUCGAGGCGCUCUUCGCGCCGCGGCUCCUCCCCGUCAUGCGCCACUUCGCCGCGCGCCGCGCCUCCGCCGCAGCCGCGGCCGCCGCCGGCAGGUCCGACGAGGACACAGCGCUGCCGGCGAUGCGGGUCCUGUCGAUGAUGAGCGGCGCCCAGGCGCAGGAGAUGAGGGUGCUGGAGCGGGAGUACGAGAUGGUGCUCGACGCCAACUGCAGAGCUUACGCGCUCUACCUCAGGAGGAUCCUCGAGGCUGGCGAGGCGUCGACGCUGUCGUCACCACCACAUCCUCCUGAGCUCGUGUUCGGCGUCGGAGCCGACGAAGACGACCGCGGCGGCGACGAGGACGCCCCGGACAAGGACGAGUCUGCCAGCUCGCAGAACAGCUUCCGGUACAAUCCGAUGUGGGCGGAGACGGAGGAGGAGCUGGGCGAUCUUUACCCGCGGCGGCAGGGCAGCGUGAAGCAGGGCCGGAGGGACCUCAUGAGGCCGCCGAGCCUGUACCCGCAGCGCGUGCCGCCUCACCUCAUCGUGCAGCAGCACUCGCCGCCGACGAACAGAGGAAUCCCGGUGGCAAGGCUCAGAGCGGAGCACUCGCCGUCGCCGGCGGCGCCCUCAGACGACAGCAUGGAGGAAUCUUCCUCCGAUCUCGGCGCCGGCAAAGAGGAAAAGCGCGCGGCGGCGUCGCCACCGUCGUCGUCCAAGCCACGCCCGCACGCCGACGACGCCCUGCUGCUGCUGUCUCCGGACCCCGCGAGCUCACCCUCCCCGGUGCCGGCGCCGGCGCCGGAGACGGAGGAGACGCCGCAGCCGGUGGCGACGCCCAAGGACUUCGUGUGCCCCAUCACGAGCCAGGUGUUCGACGACCCGGUGACGCUCGAGACCGGGCAGACCUACGAGCGGCGCGCCAUCCAGGAGUGGCUGGACCGCGGCAACGCCACCUGCCCCAUCACCCGCCAGCGCCUCCACGGCGCGCACCUGCCCAAGACCAACUACGUGCUCAAGCGCCUCAUCGCCGCCUGGCGCGACCAGCACCACCCUUCUUCUUCCCCGGCCGCCACGCCCACGCCCGCCAGGACCACCAUGGACGCCGACAGCCCCGCGCCGCCCUUCAAGACUAGCAGCAGCUCGCCGUCCCCGGACACCAGCGCCAGCGCGCCCUCGCCCACCAGCGUCAUCGCGCAGGCCACCCUCGAGACCGCCGUCGGCGAGCUCCGCGCCGCCGUCUCCUGCCUCUGCACCUCCGAGGACCUGCCCGAGUCCGAGAAGGCGGUUCUCAAGAUCGAGCGCCUCUGGCGGGAGGCCGGCGCCGAGCAGCCCGUCCUCGCCGCGCUCGCCAGGCCCGCCGUCAUCAACGGCUUCGUCGAGAUCCUCUUCAACUCCGUCAGCGCCCAGGUGCUGCAGGUCGCCGUCUUCCUCCUCGCCGAGCUCGCCUCCCGGGACGACGCCGUCGUGCAGACGCUCACCAGGGUCGACUCCGACGUCGACUGCCUGGUGGCCCUCUUCAAGAAGGGCCUGGUGGAGGCCGUGGUGCUCAUCUGCCUCCUCUCGCCCACGCCGGAGCAGCUCGUCGAGAUGGACAUGGCGGAGGCGCUCGUGUCCACCAUCCGCCGCGGCGACGAGGACCCGCUCAGGAUGUGCAUCAAGCCCAAGGCCGCGUCGGUGAUCCUCCUCAGCCAGGUCCUCUCCGAGGAGGGCGGCGGCGGCACGGACAGGGACAGGGACAGGGACAGCUCCACGGCGCCGGUGCCGAGGUCCGCGCUCCUGUCGGAGAGGUUCAUCCGGAGCGUGGCCGCGAGCCUGGGAGCCGAGCAGGUGCUGGACGAGAGGCUGGCCGCCAUGCGCAUCCUGCUCCGCUGCAUCUGGGAGGACGGCCACUGCCGGAGCAGCAUCGCCGAGAGGUCGGCCUCCUCCCUGGGCGCCGUCCUCGACGCCUUCCACGCCGUCGGCGACGCCGACAAGUUGGACAUCGUGCGCUUCCUCUACGAGCUGCUCAAGCUCAAAAGGCGAUCGGCGGCGGAGCGUGUUCUCCGGGCGAUCAAGGACGGCGGCUCCUUCAGCAUGAUGCACACGCUUCUCGUGUACCUGCAGUCGGCGCCGCCGGAGCACAGUCCUGUGGUUGCAGGGCUACUUCUUCAGCUCGACCUGCUGGUGGAGCCGAGGAAGCUCAGCAUGUACAGGGAGGAAGCGGUGGACUGCCUCAUCCAGUGCCUCAAGAACUCCGACUUCCCUCGGAGCCAGCUCCUCGCCGCAGAGACCAUCAUGUGCCUCCCGGGGAGGUUCUCCUCGUCGGGGAGGCCGCUCGCCCGGUCGACGCUGCUCAAGCUGGCCAGGGUCAAAGAGAGGCACCGGCCGUCGCAGGAUCUGAGCGCCGCCGUUCGCGCCGACGCCGGCGAAGACGAAAUGGAAGAAGAGAAGGCCGCCUCUGAAUGGGAGCGGAAGACGGCGUACGCGCUGGUGAGCCACGAGUUCGGGCUGGUGUUCGAGGCCCUGUCCGAGUGCCUCAAGAGCAAGAACGCCGAGCUGUUCGCGACGAGCCUCGUGGGCGCCACAUGGCUCGUGUACAUGCUCUCCCUCCUCCCCGACACCGGCGUGCUCGGGGCGGCCAGGGUCUGCCUGCUGCGGCAGUUCGUGGUCGUCCUCCGGUCCGCCAAGCACGGCAGCGACCGGGUCCUCGCCAUGGUGGCGCUGAGGAGCUUCAUGAACGACCGGGAGGGGAUGCACGACAUCACCUCGUACAUCAAGGAUGUGCUCAAGACCCUGAGGGAGCUCAAGAAAUCGUCCGGUCUCGCAUUCGAGAUGCUCAAGCUGCUGUCAGACGGCCAGGAAUCCAGCGUUGACAUGUGGAACCAUAAGGAGAUCAACUUUGUGGACUGCAGCUCAAAUGGUGAAGUAACAUCAAUUGUUUACCUGAAGAACCACAUCUUCUCUGGCCACUCUGAUGGAACAUUGAAGGUCUGGGAGGGAAGUGAAAACAUCCUUCGCCUUGUGCACGAGACCCAAGAACACACGAAAGCAAUCACCAGUUUGUCAGUCCUGCACUCGGAGGAGAAGCUCUACAGUGGAUCAUUGGACAGGACAAUUAGAGUGUGGCAGUUCCGAGAUGGCGUCCUCCGGUGCGUGGAGAUCCAUGACACGAGAGACCCGGUGCAGAACCUUGCCGUCGCCAACGCCAUGGCCUACUUCGUGCCGCAAGGCGCAGGCGUUAAGGUGCUCAGCUGGAACGGCAGCUUCAAGCUCCUGAAUCCCAGCAAGUACGUGAGGUCCAUGGCGCUGGUGCACGGCAAGCUUUUCUGCGGCUGCAACGACAGCAGCAUUCAGGAAAUCGACCUGGCGAGUGGCACGCUGUGCGUAAUCCAGUCCGGCAACAAGAGGAUUCUGGGCAAGGCGAAUCCUAUAUACUCCCUGCAAGUUCAUGACGGAUUGCUGUACACCGGAAGCACUCCAUCUAUGGACGGCGCGUCAGUCAAGGUGUGGAACUGCGCCAACUACAACCUCGUCGGCUCGAUGCCGUCGUCCAUGGAGGCGCGGUCGCUGGUGGUCAGCGCAGACCUCAUCUACCUUGGCUCCAGGAACGGCGCCGUGGAGAUCUGGUCCAGGGAGAAGCUCACCAGGAUCGGCACGCUGCAGGCGGGCGGCCCCAGCUGCCGCGUCCAGUGCAUGGCCGUCGACGGCGAUGGUGACGUGCUUGUCGUCGGGACAUCGGACGGCAGGAUUCAGGCGUGGGGAUUGACUUGAGCAGAUGCAGAGGAGGCAUAAAAUCGUCAGGGAUUGGUGAAUAAAAUGUGGAAAUACGAGUGGCGUAAUGCUGAUUGCUCUGUUUCUAUGUUUUUCCUGGCACGAUCUGCAGAGUGUAAGGCUAAACAGUUCCCUUAGGCUGUAAACACAAAAUUUUUUUGCGUGGGAAUCUUGCCAAUUUGAAGUAAUAAAUGAAGUCUAUU